AUGGCUUGCAAGAGGGUGAAGCUUCAGCGGAUCGUCAUUGAUGUGAAGCAGCGGGUGACAUUCAUGAAGAGUCUCAAGGGCUUGACGAAGAAGGUUAGUGAGUUCGCAACACUAUUUUUCAUGGUGUACGGUGAGGUUGAGGUGCAAGCAACGAAGGUUUGGCCGUCGGUGUGGGAGGCGACCAGAGUUCUCGAGCACUUCAAGGCCAUGCCUCAUCUGGUCAGAUACAAGAAGUUGACAGACCUAGAGGGCAUCCUCAACGAGCAGGUUGACAAGCUCAAAGAGCAGUUGCACAAGGUGGAACACGAUGCUGAUGAAAGCGAGACCAAGCUACUCCUCAUUGAAGCCAUCAAUGGCCACCGCCCGAGCCUCGAGGGUCUCACCAUCGAGCAAAUUACCAGCCUCGGAUGGAUGGCAAAUGCACGUCUCAAGAUUGUCAACGACCGCCUCAAGAAGCUCCAUGAGGAAGGCCUCAUACCUGCAUCCGUGUCAUUGUCGAGCACGGAGGUACCAAUCCAGAGGGAGGGAUGGCUUGUGGAUGUUGCAAGUGGCAUUAGCUCAAUAGGGUACAAUCGGUUUGGAGGUAGCAGUGGAAGCGGCAGUGCUGGAUCCAAUGGUGACAUGGCUUAG